AUGUCACCUAUCUUCUCACCUCUCCUCUUCUUCUUCAACUACAUUUUCCUCUCCCACUCUCUCCAACCUUUCCUUCCCAAUACCAAUUGUUCCGAACAAUGCGGUCGCUUCCAACUCCCAUUCCCAUUCCACCUCUCCAAUUCCUGCUCCUCAAACUCAACUGCUUUUCGUCUUUCUUGUACUAAUUCCACCACUCUUUAUGUGAACAUCGAAUCCCAAAUCCUUCAAGUUCUCGACAUUUUAUCCGACUCUAUCCUCGUUAACAUCCCAACUUCUUCUUCUUCUUCUUCUUCUUCUUCCUGUCGUAUGUCUUUUGACGUAAAUUCUUUUACGUUGAAGGGUAAUAGGUUUUAUGGAGUAUCUGAUGAUAAUCUUAUCCGUUUAUAUGACUGUGAGGAUUCUUCUGUUUGUAAAGUGGACUGUGAGCAGUUUGAAUUCCAAGGGUGUGGACGGAAUGAUAGUUUUAGCUGUUGUUAUCCGUUGUCAGAUCGCAGCGUUUGGCAGUUCGGAGAUGGGUUUUCCGUGUUUACGGAGUUUGGUUGCCGGAGAUUUGAAAGUUGGGUUGUGGAGUCGGGAACAAAGUCGGCAAAAUGGGGGAUUAAGAUCGAAUGGGCAGUUCCGAAGAAUUCUUCGGAGGGUGCUUGUGCUCGGAAUGCGGUGUUUAUGAAUUCAACGGCUGUUAGAGGGGGAGGGAGGUGUGUGUGCAAGACGGGAUUCGUUGGGGAUGGUUUUGCGGAGGGAGUUGGAUGCUUGCAAUCGUGUAUCAAGGAUGGGCAGAUCGUAUAUGGCGUAGACUGUCACAGCCAAACAGACAGCAAGAGGAGAUUCCUAAUUCUAGCCGCUGCUAUAAAAAAAACAGGGGUACUCGUCUCUGCUUUCGUUAUUGCUGCCAUAGUUGUAUAUCACGCUCUAUGUAGGCCCUCCAUCAAGGCAAACAGGUUGGGCCCCAACCCAGCCCAUCUCCAAAGUAUCACUGCAUUCCGCAAGGCUUGCAGGACUCGAUUAUUCACAUACAGAGAGCUGGAGCAGGCAACAAAAGGGUUCGACAGUGAUCAGAACAUAGGCAAUGGUAGUGACGAAACGGUCCAUGCCGGGGUGCUUGACGAUGGGUCCCUUGUCGCAGUGCAUAAAAUACAAUGCGACAAUGAACAAGACUUCAUGCAGGUUCUAAUGCGAGUUGAGUUCUUUUCCAUGAUCUCACACAAGAACGUGGCCCACCUCCUUGGAUGCUGUAUUGAUUCGAGCAACAUGCUAUUUGUGGUGUAUGAAUUCUUUGCCAAUGGGACCCUUGAUGAAUAUCUAACGCGGGAGAGCGGCAAAUGUCUUGAUUGGUGGCAGCGGAUGAGUAUUGCUGCUGAAUUGGCAAAUGCUCUUGCGUACUUGCAAUUAGAACUCUCUCCUCCUGUCUACCACCAUGACCUUAGAUCAAGUGACAUUUUCUUAGAUCACGACUACUCUGUUAAGAUUGCUGGGUUUCGACUAUUAAAGCCCGGACCCGAUGAUGGGUUUGGGUCAUAUAGUAUUUUCCAAGGCUCACAUCAACAGCUAAUGAGCAAAAGCGAUGUGUACAGUUUCGGCGUCGUGCUAAUGGAGAUAAUCACAGGAUCAAGGCAUGCAGAACUUCCGCCCUUGGCUCUGCACAAGGUAAGAGAUGGGAAAUUAGAUGAGAUUGUAGAUCCAAUCCUCUGUUAUCGCGAACGUCCUUCUUGGCGGGAACAAAUUGAUAGAGUUGCUGAUGUGGCUGCACGGUGCUUAUCAUUCGGCGGAGAUGGUAGGCUUUGUAUGGGGGAAGUUGCAGGGGAGCUUGUACAGAUCACAAAGGCGAAUUCGGAGGGUAGGAGGAGAGGGACCGCUUUGGAGGAGACCUUUUCGACAUCGAGCCUUUUACAGAUGAUAUCGAUGUCGCCUGACUCCCUUUACGUGCCUCCAAUGAAUGUUGAGAAGCAGUAA